AUGAAAAACAAUAGCAACGGUCGGAGACUGCUGCUAGAAGAGGAAGGUGCUUUCUCCAACGCAUCUCCAUCUCUAUCUCGACAUCUUCCCUCUCUCCCUUGCGACAACAACAGCAUCUCUCUUCGAAAACCCUUCGAUACCACCUCCAAUUUCGACUCGUCCAUGGCCGUCACCCUCCUCGUCCUCCUCACUGCCCUCUUCUUCAUGGCCUUCUUCUCCGUCUUCAUCCGCCGCUUCGCCGAAGACACCGCUGCCGCCACCGCUGCUGCUUCCCACAUCUCUCGCCGGAGAAGACAGCAGCAACGUGGCCUCGACACCACCACCGUAGGGGCAUUGCCUCUCUUCUCCUAUAACAGCAUCAGCAGCAGCUGGAAAGAUCCGCCCGUCGAUUGCCCGGUCUGCCUGAUAGAGUUCGAGGAGAAGGAGACAGUGAAGAUGAUUCCCAGAUGUGGGCAUUUCUUCCAUCCGGGUUGCAUCGAUGUCUGGUUCUACGCCCGUGGCUCUUGCCCUCUCUGCCGCUCUACCAAGCCGUUCCCUUCGCCGCCAUGUGUUGCAUUGCAGGUGUUGGAGCAAAUGCCUGAGAGAGUUGUUGAAGAAUUUUCAAACACAGAAACGCCAUCGACGGAAAGGGAAUGUGUGGAUGAAGGCGGUGGUGGAAGAGGAGGGGUAGAGCCGUGGAUUGGUUUGCGUAGGACGAAUAGCUACCCGAGCCCUAGAAAAAAAGAUUUGCUGCGGCGGAGCUGCAGCUUCUGA